AUGGCUCGUUCCACCGGUCCAGCUGGGGUUACUGGAGAUACUCCACCGGUACACAGGAUAGAUCUCUCUCUUCCCCCUGCAAAACGAUAUGUUGAACUUGCAAAAAGCUAUCGUGACAAGAUGAGGUCUCUCACUGGUCUUUUCGAUGAGCUUGUCGAGUCCGUACAUCCUGGCAUCAAUGUCAUAUGGGUGAAACGGGCGGCGCGUUUAUUCCUCCGCAAACUGUAUACCCAUGAAGAAACGGAGGAGAUCAAAGGGAUCAGUAAGGCAACUGGUAUCGACUUAUACCUGCUGGUCUCGCUCAAUGUAGUCCUUGAUCUGCUCAUGGGAUGCACCAGCGGCGGCGCGAGAUGCAGAGAUGCACAAGAUUCAAGUUCUAAAAUGCUUCAUUUUCGUACGCUUGACUGGGGCAUGGAUGUCCUGCGGGAGUUGAUAGUUCAACUGGAAUUUGUCCGCAGUCCUGAGACAGAAAAAGUCCUCGCAACAAGCAUUACAUACGUUGGUUUUGUCGGAGUCCUGACUGGUGUGAGGCGAAACCUCAGUGUUUCACUAAAUUUCCGCCCAAAUCAUGACAUGAGCAAGCGUUUUGUCAACUUAAAAUUUUAUGCAAACCGUCUGCUCGUGCUGUUGGGUAUCCGACGUUCCGUAUCAUCGUUGCUUCGGCAGUAUCUCCUGCCACCAAACCCGGCGAGAUGGAAUUUUCUCACCCGCGUAUGGUCAACAGCAGCCCAGCCAUGGCACCUGCAAUCUCUAAGCGCAAUCACAGCCGCCCUUCCCCAGACCCCCACGACCGCAGCGUAUAUUAUUUUGAGCGACGGAGCUACCACCACCGUAUUAGAGAAAGAUUACAGGUCUGCCGUCACCCGCUCUUCAUCGUCAUUCAUUGUAGCUACAAACGUCGACCUAGCAAUGGAAUCCCUCAAUUCAACCAACUCAACCACCAGAGCUUCCACGUCCGAGCCGGAAGAAUGUCAACUAACAGGCCUAGAAGGUCUGCAGGAUCUAAUAGAAGAUAGCAUAGAGCGAAAAGCUUGCAUGCAAUCCUUCUGGGAUGCGAGGACCAGACAAGUACAUAGAAAUUCUCGAAAUCGAGUUGGCAAAGGACAAAGACUUCCCAAGGAGACGCCAGAAACUUCCGGCAGACGAGACCCAUUACAGCGAACUCGCUCUUCAAGAGCAAGCGGAUGUCAAGAUAUCACCUCAUCGGCACCACCAAAUACAUCUCAAAAUCGGGAAUUAUCACCGGAGACCGAGCAAACUACCUUCCAAGACCAAGAGGUGACUGCCGCACCAUUAGAGGUCAUGGAAUGGACGAGCACCCACCCAAUCACGAAUGAAAUGACACAUUUUGCAACUGUCAUGGACCCUGCGGAGGGUAGAGUUGUAUGGAUUCAACGAUAUCUUCACCCACUGCCUUCUCAAGGAUGA